GAGUCAGGUGGGGCGGAAGAUUUUUCUGUCACGUGACACACAACAGCGAACCGGCGAUCACAGUAUCAAAACGGAGCAUUCUAUACUUUCGGACACCACCAUGAGGAACUCCGGGCUCAUGUACGACCCUAAAAAAGAGGAAAUCAAUGGCAUUCCUGAAGAAAUGGAGUUCCUUCCAGCAAGUAACCAGAAAAAUUUGGAGAAACGCAGCCUAAAGGAGAGAAUGCUACCUGUGGUUGUGGUUAUUGUGGUUGCCCUAUUGGCCCUGAUGAUUGGACUCCUUGUUUGGCAUUUUCAUUUUCGGCCAGAUGAUCGAAUCAAGAAAAUGUACAACGGUUACCUUACAAUUGCUAACAAGCAAUUCACAGAAGAACUGGAGGAUUCAGAUUCUAAGGCAUUUAAGCAACUUGCUGCUACAGUUGAGGAAAUGCUGGAGAAUACUUACAUGGAGAUGGAUGAAGUGGCUCCAUAUUAUGUGCGUUCUACCGUUACUGCAUUCAGUGAAGGCUCCGUGAUUGCUUAUUACUGGCUUGAAUGUCAGGUCCCACCAGAGAAUGCAGCAGAACUCGAUGAAGCUAUACAAGCAAUAUCACUAUCAAAAUCUGGCAGAUCACAGCUGGGUGUCUCGAAAUCACUGCGGAUUGAUGAACUGGUAGUCGAAAGUGCUGAUCCGCGGAAGGUGAAACCGCCAAAGGACAAAAGCUGUUUCUUUGAUCUGCAUGCACUCCCUGGAAAGGUCGGCACGUUCACCUCGCCUGGAUUCCCCAAUUCCCCUUACCCUGCCAACUCCUGGUGCCAGUGGGUUAUUCGGGCAGAUCCCCACCAUAUCCUCGAACUCAAGUUUGUGACCUUUGACCUGGAAAAGAUUUGCCACAAUGACUUUGUAGUGGUCUAUGACUCUCUGAGUCCAAUUGAAAAGCGCGAAAUAACAGAGCGCUGUGGCAUAUACCCUCCAACCAAUGCACUCAAGUUAAUAUCUUCUCGCAAUGUGAUGCUGGUGACCUUGAUGACAGAUGACGAUGAGAAUUACCCAGGUUUCAAAGCUGUGUUCAGACAACUUCCAGAGAGAGGAGAGUGCAAUGAGCUACUGGAAGGAUCUGGGAACAUCUCUUCCCCCUAUUACCCAGCAUAUUACCCUCCACAAGCAGACUGCACCUGGACUUUGAGGGUAUCUUCCGGCAAACAUGUAAAGGUCAUUUUCAAAGUGUUCCUUUUGCAAAAUCCGGGCAAGGAUGGCACCUGCAAGGAUUAUGUGGAAAUAAACAGCAAGAGGAUCUGUGGAGAGAAGCCAAGGAUGGUGGAGCUGGGUAAUAAGAAUGAGAUGACGGUCAGGUUCCGUUCUGAUUCAGCGGAGUCAUUCCGAGGAUUUUUUGCUACGUUUGAACCUUAUGAUCCUAGUAAACCUUGCCCAGAAGAGUUUGCUUGCAAUAAUGGCCGCUGUAUUCAGUUGGGCCUGAAGUGCGAUGGCUGGAAUGACUGUGGAGACAACAGUGAUGAAAUUGGCUGUGUGUGUACCAGUGAACAAUUCCGCUGUGGUACAGGGCUGUGUAAAUCGAAAUUUUGGGUGUGUGAUGGUGUCAAUGACUGUGGCGAUAACAGUGAUGAAGCAAACUGUGAGUGUGAGCCUGAAGAGAUGAAGUGCUCGAAUGGCAAGUGUAUUCCUCAGGUCCAGAAGUGCAACCUGGUGGAUGAGUGUGGCGACAGAUCUGAUGAGAAGGAUUGCAAAAAUGAUGAGAGCACUGUGACCUGUACUGAUCACACGUACAAAUGUAAGGAUGGGAGCUGCAUCAGGAAAAAGAAUCCUGAGUGUGAUAUGACCCAACAUUGUGCUGAUGGUUCUGAUGAGAAGAAUUGUGCUUGUGGGUCUCGGCCGUACAAGCACUCCCGUAUUGUGGGAGGUAUGGACGCAGAAGUUGGUGAAUGGCCUUGGCAAGUCAGCCUACACUUCAAGGGGCACGGAAGUACGUGUGGGGCCUCAGUGAUCUCCGAAAGCUGGCUGGUGUCGGCAGCCCACUGCUUCCAGGAUGGCCAGGGUGUGAGGUAUUCUGCUCCUCAUAAUUGGCUGGCAUACCUCGGACUUCAUAUUCAACACCAGUUGAAUGAUCAAGUGGAGAAGAGGAAUAUCAAACAGAUCAUUGUUCAUGAGCAAUAUAACCCACAGAUGUUUGACAAUGAUAUUGCUCUGCUGGAGCUGGCUCAUCCUGUGACUUUCACCAGUGUCAUUCAACCUAUCUGUCUUCCUGAUGGUUCACACAAUUUCCCUGUGGGGAAGUCCACCUGGGUGACGGGCUGGGGAGCAACGAGUGAGAAUGGUGCUGGGGCCAAGGUCUUGCAGAAAGCAGAAAUACGGAUCAUCAAGAGAGCUGUCUGUGAUGAUCUGCUGAGUAGUGCGGUCACCUCCCGCAUGUUGUGUGCUGGUUACCUGAGUGGAGGCAUUGAUGCGUGCCAGGGUGACUCUGGCGGCCCCAUGUCCAGCGUGGAGGAAAACGGGAAAGUAUUCCUUGCUGGCAUUGUCAGCUGGGGAGACGGCUGUGCCAGAAAGAAUAAACCAGGGGUCUACACCAAGGUUUCAGAGUUUCGACAGUGGAUCAAGCAGCACUCUGGGGUGUAGUGCAUUGAGGUGUAUGUCGUCCUAGCCUGGUAUAACAGAGAAAUUGUUCUAUCAUGGAGAACGGAAGUUUGGCACAGAGACUCUCCCAAAUUGUAGAUAAUGUAUAAAGUUUUCCUGAAAUCAAUUCCAUCAGUGAAGAUGUUCUGUGGGGUGAUUGGUUAUUUCUCAUCAUACUGAUCAUAAAACGCUCAGUGGUGUGUGGGCGGGGAGGGGGAUGAGUACAACGAGCUGGAAUGCUCCAGGUAACCUUCCCAUCCUCCCCCCGUACAGAUAGACUGAAGGUUGGUCAGACUGGGCUAAGAGCAAGUUGCCUUUUAGUUCAAUUCACUUUAUAAAAUUCUGUGAAGGAAAGUAACUAUUCCGCUUAUGCUAGAUUGUGUGUAUUGAAUUCAACAUUACCAAACCUGCUGGGAACCUAAAUGAUUUUUUUCCCAACUAAAUGUACAGCCAUUAGCAUUUACCAUGAACUCACAAUGACUCUUGGAACAUUCCCAACCAUCAGUAGAUUGUGUUUUUAUUCUGUGAUGUAUAUGUAAUUUGACAUAAGGAUAUUUAACUUCUAUUUUAGUUUUAUUCGGUCUGCGUGAUGAUUGUGAGAGGCUGACCUCAUUGUUACUCCCAGCACACAUUAAUGAAAGAAUCACUGUGUCUGCACAGAAUGGGGUACAAGGUGGACCCACUGACUGGGAAGAGCACCCUUCUUCACGCCCCUGCUGGACUCCUGCCUCCUUGGGGUGUCUGCAGUGAGUUUAUCUCUGUCUGCUUCAUUGACUUUUGAUGUCAAGUAUAAAGCAUGAUGGAAAAACUCAGGAAAAAAAAAGCAAAUGUAGAGUUUUAAGUUAUCAAGACUUUUCAGAGAGCUCAUGUUCACAACCCAGUCAAGGCCACCAACUGGUAAAAUGAUGGUUUGAAUGCAGCAAGGGUUUUUGUGGUUUGGAUGAAAUUUGACACGACCGUACACACAGUCACUGAGCCAUGUUCCAAAAGGUUGUAGUUCAGCUGAGCUGAUCCUUUCCAAGUGCAUUUCUCUGUGGAUUCUUCUGAAAGAGAUGGAGACAAGAGUGCCUUCCUGACGCAUGUGCUGCUGUUUUUAAUUCUGCUCUCUGCUUUCCCACUGCAGGGUCACUGUUUUACUGAUACUGUUUCUUGCUCAGCAGUGUUUUUAUAUGCAAACUUUUCUACUAAAAUAAACUGGAAAUGAGUGUA